UCCUACCUCACCCCUUUUCAUCCCUUCCCCAUCCCUGUGCCUGGACCGCUCACUCUGUGCAGCCCCCUGCUUCAGCCUCAUCCUCACCCCAUAGCCACUGAGCUAAGAAAAGCAAACAACAAUGUCCACCAACGAGCGUUUCGACUGCCAUUACUGCAAAGACUCCCUGCUGGGGAAGAAGUACAUAAUGAAAGAGGACACGCAGUACUGCACUAAGUGCUAUGAGAACUUGUUUGCGAACUGCUGUGAGGGCUGCUCUUUACCAAUUGGCUGCAACUGCAAGGACUUGUCCUACAAGGAUCGUCACUGGCACGAGCUGUGUUUCAAGUGCGGGAAGUGCAGCCGCUCUCUGGUGGAAAAGGCCUUUGCCGCAAAAGAUGACUUGUUGCUCUGCACUGAAUGCUACGCCAAUGAUUACUCCUCCAAGUGCACCACCUGCAAGAAAACCAUCAUGCCAGGUUCCCGCAAAAUGGAAUACAAGGGGAACAGCUGGCAUGAGACCUGCUUCCUGUGCCACCGCUGCCAGCAGCCAAUAGGAACCAAGUCCUUCAUCCCAAAAGAUGCUGGUUACUUCUGUGUGUCCUGCUUCGAGAAGCAGUUUGCCUACCAGUGCUGUGCUUGUAAGAAGGCGAUCACUACAGGUGGAGUGACAUACCAAGACAAGCCCUGGCACCGCGAGUGUUUCCUAUGCAUCGGCUGCAGAAAGCAGCUGUCGGGUCAGCGCUUCACCUCCAGGGAAAACUACCCCUAUUGCCUCGAAUGCUUCAGCAACCUGUAUGCAAAGAAGUGUGUGGGCUGCACCAAGCCCAUCACCAGUCUGGCAGGGGCCAAGUACAUCUCUUUCGAGGAGCGCCAGUGGCACAGUGAGUGUUUCACCUGCACGCAGUGCUCAGUGUCCCUGGUGGGACGUGGCUUCCUCACCCAGCGAGACAACAUCUUGUGCACCGACUGCGGCAGGGAGAAGUGACCUUUGCAUGAAGGAGUCACCGUUACAACUAGAGCUAUUCAGUUAUCAUAUUCUCGUACAGAUACUGUGUUGUGCAAGCAUGGAUAGUUCUUUUUAGCAUGCACACAAACAAACAUCAAAUACAAAUGUCAAAUUAUUAUUGUGGUGUUGUAAAUGACCAUUAGUUCUCUCACACUGCCCACACACACACAGAAACUGGAAUGUUUCCAUAACAACAAACAUGUAUCUUUAAAGUUUUUGUUCUAUCGUUAAUGAAUCGUUUUCUUUGUUUCCUGAAAUGAAAAAAAAAAAUUGUCCUCAGAUACUUUCAAUUUUUGACAACGAAAAAAUGAAAAAAAUAUGUAUUAGAGUUGAUAGCAACUGGUCACUUAAUAGUUUAUUAAAUUGACAGAAAAUUUAUCCUAUUUUGAUAAUCCAUUAAUCAUUUCAGUCAUUUUUCAAGCAAAAAUCCCAAACAUUUGCUCGUUCCAGCUUCUUAGGAGCUAGAAUUUGAUACUUUUUUGUUGUCUUAUAACUGAAUAUCUUUGGAUUUUGGACUGUUGGUAAGUAUGUUCCACUAUGUUCUAACAUUUUAUGGACAAAGGCAUUGAUCUGGUAAUAAAGAAAAUAAUCAGAUGUUUUAAUUGAUGAUGGAAAUAAUCAUUUUUUGCAGCCCCAAAACACAUUUCUCUUUAUACAGAUCUGAUUUUCAUUACACAUAUAUGUUUCUGCUACUUGCUCAGCAUACGUUGGUUAUGGUUUCCAAUAAAAAAAAGUAUUCACACCGUGGAAACAAUAAAA